AUGGCUAGGUUGAUAUUAUCAAGCCAUUCAACAAUGUCCACAGAUGGUGAGCCUAUGGCAAAUUUAGAUGUCACCACUGGGUUAAAUUCUUUGUAUAUGUUAUAUUGCACGGCUCCAUUACCACUAGUUGUGAUAGGCAUAGCAUUCUUUUAUUCAGGAUUGACUCAACGAAGAUCGGCCUUGACUAUGUUUGCUGUACCUUUUCUACUAUCCCCCAUGAUCAUUAUAGACUGGUUCAUAUGGGGCUAUUCAUUGUGCUAUUCUGCUUCUUCAAACCAUUUUAUUGGCAAUCUAGAUUAUGUUGUGCUUAGGCAGUUUCGUAAUGCUUUGACAGCUGAAUUUACAAAUACUAGGGGCCACGUACUAGCUGGUGCUCAUGUACUUUUUAAUAUGUUUUUCAAGCUUAUUUGUGUUUCAUUGACUUUCCCCGGAUGUGUUGCUGAGAGAGGAAGAGUUUUGCCUAUGAUUCUCUUUGCAUUUAUUUGGUCAACCAUAAUCUAUAACCCCGUCACUUAUUGGUUCUGGAACUCAAACGGAUGGCUAUCGGUGGAUUUAGGAAGAUUGCCCGUCUUGGAUUUUGCUGGCGGGAACUGUGUUCACAUUGUCAGUGGGUUUACCUGUUUGGCCUACUCGUACAUUUUGGGACCUAGAAACCCGAAGUUACUUUAUAACUACCGGAACUCCAACACUGGGCAUAUUAUAUUUGGCACAUUCUUGGUAUUUAUGGGAUGGAUAGGCUACAUUGCCGGAUGCGAUUUCAAAUUCUCAUUCAACUCGAUAUACAUUAUACUAAAUACGCUUAUUGCCGCAUGUGCUAGUGGUAUUGUAUGGACUGCGAUUGACUUUUUCUUCUCAUCGGUCCCAUUGGAAGGAGAAAGUGCUGGAUUCAAGCACAGAGACAGUAAGGUAUCUCUGGAAGACAACCACUCACCUAUGUUGCAAGCUAUUGUGUCAAGAACUGGGGUGUCCAUUAAUCAAAGAUUACAUGAAUCAAAAUCGAAUUUUGUUGAAAAAAGAAAGUUUUCCAUGAUAUCAUUCUCGUCCGGUAUUAUGACCGGGUUGGUUGUGUUUACACCUGGUGGGGGAUAUGUUUCCUCCAAUGCCGAAUUUUGGAAGGGGAUUAUUUUUGGUGUAGUGGGUGCAGUUUCGGGUAAUUUAGCUACCCGAUUGAAAUAUUUCUUUAAUAUCGAUGAUGCAUUGGAUCUCUUUGCAGUUCAUGGUAUCCCAGGAAUUGUUGGUUCAUUGCUAACUGGUAUUUUUGCUAACGACUUGUAUGAUUCAAAAGGGGGAUGGGUGAAGGGAAAUUGGAAACAGUUUGGCUACCAGUUGCUAGGAUUAGUUGUGACAAGUGCAUAUGUUUUUAUCAUGUCAGUGGUGGUAUUGUAUUUGAUUGAUUUGAUUCCAGGAUUCCAUUUGAGAAUUGAUAAGGACUUUAAUAGACGUGAGAGGGAAAAAACGCUUAAAGCUAAACAACUUGACCAGGAACUAGAAUCCCAGACUUCGCCGCAGCAGGUUAUACCCCAUGUAUCGGAUUCUACAGAGCAAAUGAGUUUCUGGGAGCAAGUCGAAUUACAGGGUACUGAUGGAUAUGAGUUUAAUGGAGAGUUUAUGCUAGAUUUUAUGGAGUUUAUUAGGGCUAUCCGUCCACAAGAUUAUGAGGAUGACGACCUAAGGGACAUUAUACAGCCCCCCAAUCAAUAUGAAGGCUACAUCGGGCAAGAUUUCGAGUUACACCAAGAAGGUGUUCAUAAUUUAACGAAACGAGAAUAG